AAACUAUCCUGGCCCUUUUGACGAAUUGGAACUAUUUCCCUGACGGCUUCAGAACGGUUCCUGUUAUUGUGAAUUAGAGCACGUUAUAAAGUGACUUUAGCGUAAAUGUGGUAAAGAUGGAAGCUUCAUGUCCUAGCUCAGGCUUUGUAACUCCAAGAAGAAAAGACUUGAAUAACAGUUCCAGAAAAAUAAAGGACAGUGCUGCAGACUGGCAUAAUUCCAUGCUGAAAUGGGAAACAUUUAAUGAUGCAGGAUUCUCAGUAGCAAAUAAAAUUGUUAAUAUUAAAAUCAGCAACAGGAGAGAAAGUGAAGUGGAAGCAUUUGAAGAGGAGGAAGCUAGCUCUAAUCUUGAAAAGACUAAAUUACAAUAUAACAAAGAGCUGGAGGAAGCUUGUACUGAGUUGAUCAACAUCCUUGAUAAAAUGACUAAACUCGUAUUAAAGAUGGAAAAGCUCUGUGCAAACAUGAAAGGAAUACUUGACCUUCAUACCCAUCAAUAUGGUGAAACAGGAAGAGAAAUGCUCCUCUUUCAUACGUGGCCCACAAAAUAUUUCUAUGAAGCCUCCGUUCAGUUAACAGAGAUGUACAAACGAGAACUGCAGCUGAAGCGUGCAAUUGUUCAAGAGAUUGCUCACACUAGUAACAAUGAUCUUAUGAAGGUGGAGCUAUCUGCCUGGCUGUACCAGCCUUAUAUAGAAGAAAAGGCAAGACUUCUCAUUGAAAGCAUGUUAUUGGAAACUGGGCACAGGACUUUGUAAUUUGUACUGAGCAAGCAUUUCUGCAAAAUGUUGUUCCAACUUUAAAAAGGAUGCAAUUGUUUUUAAAUGGCUUAGCACAGUUAGAUAUGUAUAGAACUUUAACCUGAAAGUGAGUAGGCUCAAAUUAGAAACUUAUAAGAAUGGUUGAAACAGAAAUUACGUGAUCAGCAAAAGAGAUUUCACCCAUUAUCAAAUUUUGUACUUUUAAAGUAGGGCAGAAUCCAAUAAGACAAUGAUUUGUGACAAAAGGCAAAGAAAAAAUAUAUUUAUUCUUUUUAGAAACUCUGAAAUACUUAUGCUGAAAAAAUAAUUUUGUUGAAAUUAUUAAACAAUGGUCCUGAAAGAUAUUUAAAGUUAUAAUUUUGUCUUGCAUUCUCAAGCGAUGUAAAAACAAAUACUAAAACUGCAACAAAAAAAUGCUGUUGUGGUGGCGUAUUUUUAACUGUCCCAUAUAUUGCGAAUGGUUAAUGGAGCUUGAUGAUAAACUUGUAAGUUUUUCACCCUAUUAAAUCAGCACAGCAGCUUUCCAAAAUAUCCAGACCCACGUAGUGAGAAAAUCACAAGUGCUCUGCAUUAAAUUCUACAGCAAAUAUUUAUAACAGUUUAACAAUGGUUCAUAAUACACUGUACAAACCCACCUUUGGUUUGUUACAAAACUGAUCCUUGACAGAGAGCAGUUCCAUUUUGAAAUAACUCUUUAAAAAGUUAUUUGUUUUAAGCAAGAGAUGAUUGAUCGCCAAAUCCAUCAUGAAAUUGUCAGAUAACAAUCCCUGUCCAAUUGGCUGAAGAAUAUUACUAAUGGUGUUUAAACACCCCAAUUAAGGCAACAAAGCUAUCUGUCAAGAUUACAAUGUACUGGUAAGCAAGACAUUACAAAAUAUCUGUAUAUUAAAAAUCGAAAAUAAAUUCCAUUUUCUACUAUCUUCA